AUGCAUUAUGUUAGAGAUGAUUUAGACGAUAUCGAUGAAAAUGAUAUUGGUGAAAAGAAAAGAUUUGCUUUUCUGGAUCUUUUAUUGGAGCUUUCAAGAAAUGGGGCAAAAUCUACCGAUCAAAAAAUUCAAAAAGAAGUAGAUACUAUAAUGUUUGAAAUAAUAGAAGAUCAUGACACUACCGCUGCAGGUUCUAGCUUCGUUCUUUGCGUGCUUGGAAUUCAUCAAGACGUCCAGGAACGAGUAUUCGAAGAACUAAACGAGAUUUUCGGGGAAUCAAAUAGGCCUUGCACCUUCCAAGAUUCUCUAGAAAUGAAAUAUCUCGAAAGAGUAAUUUACGAAACAUUAAGACAUUUCCCAUCAGUCCCCGCCAUUGCAAGACAUCUUAACAACGACGUCAAAAUAGUGACGGAAUUAUUUAUUACCAAAAGGUUGUACGAUUUUGAUUAUAGAGUUCACCGACUGAAAGAAUUCUAUCCAAACCCUGAUGUGUUUGAUCCUGAUAACUUUUUGCCGGAAGAAAAGCAGAACAGACAUUAUUACUCGUUCAUUUCUUUUAGCGCAGGGCCAAGAUCAUGCGUGGGAAGGAAGUACGCGAUAUUGAAGUUGAAGGUUUUAUUGUCGACGAUCCUGCGGAACUACAAGAUCCUGUCGGAUCUCACAGAAAAGGACUUCCGGCUGAAGAUUGACAUUAUUCUCAAAAGAGUAGACGGCUUCCAAAUAAAAAUCGAGCCACGAAACAAAAGCAAUCAGGAGGUUCUCGUUUAAAUAAAGUUAUCAUAGAUGAUUCGUACUACAUUAUCAACGAUAAUAGUAGUAACA